AUGAAAUCUAUUUACCAGUUCACCAAAUUUAGAUCGUCUACUUAUAAUCAGUCCUUAAAAUAUUUAGUGCAAACCCAGUUCGAUGCUGACAAUAAAACAGCUAUUUUGAUGCUGAAUUUAGGAGGGUGAUCACUAACAAUAUAGAUUAGGCCCAAUUCAUAUUAAGAAAUAAGUCCAUUUCUGAUUAGAUUCUUUGAAGACACUAGUGUGAUUAGAAUACCUUUCGGAUUGGGUCCAUACAUAGCUCGAUUGAGAGGUCCGGCUAAAAUCAAUAAGUAGUAUGAGAAAAUUGGAGGCUUCUCUCCACUUUUCAAAUGGACCAUGAUAUAAGGCUUUUUGAUGAGCAAACCAGAAGGAUGCGGAUUUUUACCAGCAUUUCGAUAUGGACUUCCUCUAUAAGAAGAUGCUAUAGAGUUUGCUUUUGAGAAAACUGAGGGAAGAAUAUAAAAAUUCUUACUUUUUUCUUAAUAUCCUUAAUAUUCAUGUUCAACAGGGGGGAAUGCCAUAAGAAAUGCAAUAGAAUAAUUACAAAAAUAUAAAACAAUUUAACCAAAUUUAGAAGUGUCAGUAAUUGAUUCAUGGCAUAAAAAUAAAUUUUACAUUUCCGCAAUGGCCACAUUAUUGAACAAUAAGUUGAAAAGUUAAAAUUUAGUUCCUAAUGAAACCAUGAUUCUAUUUACAGCUCAUUCUUUACCAGCUGAUUUUGUUUGGGAUGGUGAGAAAUAUCCUUAUUAUAUUUAUGAGUCUUGUUAAUUAGUUAUAGAUAAUUUAAAAAAUAUGGGAAUUUCAGUUCAUUUUGAUUUAUCCUAUUAAUCAAAAGUUGGCUUAAAUAAAUGGCUUAGACCUGCCACCCAUCACGCUCUUAGCCAAUAUAUAAAAAAUAGUAAAUUUAAAAAUAUUAUAAUUUCACCUAUGGGUUUUACAAGUGAUCAUCUUGAGACUUUAUAUGAAUUAGAUAUUUAAUUGAUGGAAGAUUUAAAAAAAGAUAUUGAAUCAAAUAAAAAGAAUGUGGUAAGAUGUGAUUCUUUAAAUGAUCAUCCUCAAUUUAUUGCAGCUUUAAGUGAUCUAGUUACUUAAGGAUUAGGAAACAAAAAAUAAUGUAGCAGCAAAAGAGAAAGAUGUGUAGAUUGCAAAUUUGAACAAUGUGACAUUGUUAAUAAACACAAUUUAUGAUAAAGGAA